CCCCAACCGCGCUAGCUCCGUGUCUCCGCCAAAAAAAAGUGACCAGUCCGACCCGAGCUCCAGAAAAUUUCAAAGUCGAUUGGACGCGAUAAGAUAGCUGGUCUACAUUUGUUUCUUGCCCAUUGCAAAUCUCGAUAUCUUCUUCGAAACCCAAGACAGUUUCGCCUUCAAUCCAUUCAUUUGUGAAGGCCGAUCGUCUUUACUGGGUUUCUACCAUAGUCGUACUUGUCAAUACUCAAGUAUGUUCAAGGCUUCGCUACAGCGGCAGGCCCGGUUGGGCCAUGUCGCCCGCCGUCAAAUCUCCUCUUUCUCUUCCCUGAGCGUUCUGCGCACCCAGACUUUGGAACAACAGUCAUGCAGGAGAGCCCUGGCACCUGUCUACACCCAUGUUCUGUCCUCGCAACAGUCCCUCUCGCGCUUCUACUCACAACAGUCGGCCGUCCAGCGCGAGGAUGCCAACUCCCAAAGUACUCCAGCGCCCCCGAGCGGUCUCAUCACGCGCUUCGCCGAUCUGGAUCAAGUCGGAGUCCACCCCGCACUUCUUGACGCCAUCACCAGAGGCAUGGGAUACGAUAUUAUGACGGAUGUGCAGGCGAAGACAAUCAACCCAGCAAUGAACGGUGUAGACCUGGUCGCGCAAGCAAAGACCGGUACUGGAAAGACGCUCGCUUUCCUUGUCCCCGUAUUUCAGCAGCUUCUGGUCAACAUGCCAGAACUUGCCGACAAGCACGCCCGUCGCAAGGCGUCAUCCGAGGACGUUCAAGCUAUCAUCAUGUCGCCGACUCGUGAGUUGGCGGAGCAGAUCGGCGUCGAGGCGAGGAAGCUGGCCGCAAAUACGGGCAUUGUUGUUCAGACAGCUGUCGGUGGCACGAGGAAACGAGAAGCAUUAUGGAAGAUGCAACGUGAGGGAUGCCACAUUCUGGUCGCCACGCCUGGCAGACUGCAAGAUCUUCUCUCAGACCAGGAUGCCUACGUAUCGGCUCCCAAUCUGAAGGCUUUCGUGCUAGAUGAGGCUGAUCGCAUGCUCGAUGUUGGCUUCUCCGAUGCUAUUCGCGACAUUCUGGCGCUCGUGCCUACCGUCAAGGAAGUUGACCGACAAACUCUCCUGUUUUCUGCCACAAUCCCUCGCGAUGUCGUCCAUCUGGCCAAGAGCAUGGUCAAGACCGACAACUUUGAGUUUGUGCAGACUAUUGACCAAAACGAAGCCCCGACCCACGCCAAGGUCCCCCAACAUGUCGCUGCGUGUAACGGUUAUGAGAACUGGUUCCCGGCCAUCCUCGAAAUUGCCGACAGGGGCAUGCAAAAGCACAAGAACGAUCCAUCGGAACUCCCUUUCAAGGCUAUCAUCUUCUUUUCAAAUACCGCCACCGUGGAGUACGCAUACAGCGUCUUCAAGCAUACCUCAUUGGGUGGAAUCAAAGGCAUCCCAUUAUUCGACAUACAUUCUAAACUUAACCAACAACAACGCACACGAAAUGCCGAAGCAUUCAGACGUGCGGAGUCAGGUAUUUUAUUUUCGUCGGAUGUCACAGCCCGAGGCAUGGAUUUCCCCGGUGUCAGCCAUGUGAUCCAAGUCGGUCUUCCUCCCGACCGUGAUCAGUACAUUCACAGAGUCGGCCGUACUGGUCGCGCCGGGAAAACUGGUGAAGGUUGGCUGCUUCUCGCCCAGGAGGAGAUUGACGAGGCUCGAUCUCGCCUUCCGGGACUUCCGAUCAAGCCUAACAACACUCUGGAAACAGCAAAACACGUGAUGGGCGAGGGCGAACCUGCUCAGUCGUUUCAACGAUAUUUUGCUGAGGUCGCAAGCGGUUACCAAAGGGCGCACAGGGGGGAGUUUCAUGCCAUGUAUCAUUCCAUGCUAGGUCAGAAGUUCGGGCGCAACCUCCGAGCCGAGGACGUAGUCGGGCUUCUCAAUAACUGGGCGCUGAAGGGUGUGGGUUUGGAGGAACCUCCCGCUAUUUCCCCCAAGAGAGCCCAACACACUGGCCUGUCGAGAGUGCGAGGGGUUCGAAUUGGGCAUGAUGAUGUGGUACCUCCCAAGAGAGACGAUGACUUCGGAGGUCGGGGAGGAUUCCGCGGACGUGGUGGAUCCUCUUUCGGUGACCGAUCCGGUGGCUCGCGAUUUGGUGGUGACCACCGCAGCGGUGGCUUCUCGCGAGGAGGAGGAGGAGGUGGUGGUGGUGGCGGCUUUUCCCGUGGAGGAGGAGGAGGACGAGGAGGCGGCGGCUAUGGUGGUCGUAACUCUGACUUCUAA